AUGGCAAGAGCACUCAGAUUUCAGGCCUCUGUUCCCUUAAAGUUUUGGGGUGAAUGUGUUACUACAGCUGUCUAUAUACUGAAUAGGCUUCCUUCCAAAGUGAUUGACUACAAGUACCCUUUUGAGAUGCUUUAUUUGCAUUCUCCUUCUUUGUAUCACUUGAGAAUUUUUGGAUGCCUAUGUUAUGCUGCCACUCCCAGAAUAACAGACAAAUUCUCCCCUAAAGCUGUUCCUGCUGUACUCAUGGAGUAUUUUUCAACACAAAAGGGCUACCUUCUAUAUGAACUACACUCCAAAACAUUUCUGGUAAGCAGAAAUGUCAUAUUCAAGGAAGAUGUCUUUCCCUUCAAACAUGUGAAGUCAUAUGGCAAUCCUGUAUUCCCUAUGUUGGAUCUGCUCUCUCCAAUUGUUCAUGAAAACUCUACAGCAGAUACUGCAGCACCAGCUUCUUGCUCAUCACCUUCCUUGCUUUCAGAAGUCAAUCAUCUCUCAGAUGUUGACCUGCCUCAAAAUUCUGAUCUGGAGGAGAAUAUUCAUGUUUUUGAGCAAAAUGUUGCUCUUGAGCAAACUGCUGGUCUUGAUGCUCCUUCAUCUCCUCCUGCAAUUAUUGCUCCUGAUGAUGUUAGUGCUGAACCCUUUCAGGGCUGUAGAAGGUCCUCUAGGCCAAGCAAGCCUCCUAUUUGGCUACAGGACUUUGUCACUCAAGCUAAAGGCUCUAAAUGCACCUUUCCUAUCUCUGCACAUGUUGAUUACAACAAUCUCUCCCUCUCAUACAAGCAGGCAGUCUCAGCCUAUUCAGCAGUCACAGAACCAUCUAAUUUCAAGGAGGCUGCUUCUGACCCCAAGUGGAUAGAAGCUAUGAAGCUUGAGUUACAAGCUCUAGAAGCAAAUAACACCUAG